CAGCACAACAACAGAAGAAGCGUCGUCCAAGGCUCACAGCGGAGACACGUCUGUGAACAGCAGCAGCCACGGUGACGGGAUGAAGGUGCUGACUUCACAGCAGGAGGUAGAUGAGGAGAGCUGCUCGCCUUCUGUUGAAUCCAACAACCAUCACAGCUGGGAGGACAGAGAGCAGGAGGAAGUUCUCCACAAUCUCAAAGAGGAACAUACACAUGACCCAGAUAAGGACCACCCCAGGCCAGAGGCAGGAGUCAUUUGGAGAAUGGGCGGCGGACUGUUCAGCAUGACUCGAAACGUUGUUGGUGCAACCCUGGGCGGUGUUGCAUGGGUAGGAACUAAAAGUUUUGAGAUCACCAAGACAGCUGUGACCAGUGUGCCAGCAGCCAGUGUAGGACUGGUCAAAAGAAGUGUCUCUGUGGUUACAGGAGGUGUUGGAGCAGUAGGAUCUGCGGUUGCAAGUAAAGUCACAACAAGGAAGAAGGACAAAGCUGACUGAUGUGUGAUGGGUUGUGUGCGUGUGUGUGUGUGUAUACAAAAUACCUCGGAAGCUUUGAAUGGAUCAACAUGUCAUCAUUAAUUUUCCCAUCCACAACUGUACGAAACCACAAAACAUUAAAACAGUGAUACAACUUCAGCAAAUACCAACACAAACAACAGACAACCCUGACAACAGGCAGAAGACAAGUUAGCUAUAGGUAGGAUGACACAAGAAACAGUUAACACGCAGGCGGAGAAGACAGAUGACAAGGAGCUCUCUUAAUCAAAUCACCUCCUGUAUUUGAAUUCAGAAUUUAUAUUUUAAGACCAUGUAGGAUUGUUGCUAUUUAUUUUUAAUUUUUGAAGAUUUGACAUGCUAUAAAGAUACAAAUCAAGUGAAACAAGUAUUCAAUACUGGAGAGUAGGGAAAGGUAUAACUUCAUGUAAAUGUGCCAUAGUGCAAGUCAUCGACACAUGUUUAAAAGCUCAAGAUUAAGUGAGAGGCCUAACACAGCCGUAAAAUUUUCCCUCAACUCGAUAGGAUCCAAGUACAGUGUUGCACGUAUGUUACUAAGGAGUCUGAGUACAGCUCAGUUUUACUUUGGUUGUACUUGCUGUUACAUGGUCUGAACACAUUUACCUACACUGUGCACAACCAAGAGCACAAACAUGUAAAAAUAAAUGGGGGGAGAGUGUUACCAUCAUCCAUUAAUCAGACAUACUGAUCCUCUUCAGGACUGGUAUUAACAUCACUACCCUAACCCUAACCCUCUGACAAUCAAAGUGGACAGCUGUGAGUGCAAGUGUCAAAACCCCCAACACUCACUGAGGACGCAUUUAACAUUGAUCACUCAGACCUCAUUCGAAAGUUGCCACAUUGUUUGAGCAGUAUGCACACAAAUGUGUGAAGGCCAAAUUGAAAGACCGCCUGCUCAGCUGGCGUCUUUUGACCCACUCGUCAGACUGGCUGAUUACAACAUAUUUAGGUAUUCACGAAUUAAGUAUUUAGUGUUUACUUACAUAUAUAGGGGUGAAGUGAGAUCUGUUCAAAGGAGACACAUUCUAAUGCAAGAGGUGAACUGAUAUAUAGAGCUGCCCACUUGUGAUUGAAACCACCAGAAGGAGAUGUUAAUAGCAGGUGCGAACAGGGCCCCUGAGCAUUAGAGACAGGAAUAACUUCGGAGAUGUAUUAAAUGAUUUACCAAGAAAAUCAAACUGAGUCUAAAUCCUAACAAAUGGACCAAAUCCUUAAAUAUUUCGCUUUUAUUUUUAGUUUGUAUCAGUGUUUAAAUUAUUAUAUAUUUUUUUUCAAAGCUCUUUGUUGAAUCUGAUGAAUCCUGUGUAUUUUCUCUUUAGAAAUAUAUUUGGUCUUGUCAGCAUCAAGUUAGCAUACGUCUUUUGAAAAUACAUGGUUCAUCAGGGACAGUUGGAUGGGUAAAUAAUACUGGAGCAACAAGAGUGGCACCAAGCAGAGUCCAUAACGCAGUCUCGCAAUGUUACAGAAAGUCUGUUUUUGCGCCAAAAUGUAUAGAUGUAGAUUUUUUCUUGGCCAAAGUCCCAUCCUUCUACCAAGUUUCAUGGAAAUCGGUGAUGUCGUUUUGUUAUAAUCCUGCUAACAAACAGGCAAACAAACAAAAAAAACUACAACAAAAUGAACAAUCUAACAAAAAACAAAUGGACAAGGGUGAAAAAACGUUUGCUGAGGUAAUAAUGCCAUUAGGUGCUCUGAUGUAGAAGUUAACCGGAACAUGGCAUAUUUUUUUCCCACAUGGGAAAAUAAGACUUAUUUAGACCAGUCUGUUGUUUUUUGUUGGUUUAUAAAAACAGCAUUUUCCUGGGAAGCAUGUUAACAAUGAUUGAGACCUUUGCGGUAAACAGAAGAAUUGAAUACUGAUGCCCCAAAAUUCCCCCAUAUAACCUUAAGACAGUGGACAUUUUCCUUUUAAGAAUCAAAUUGUAAGCAAAAGUGUCUCUAAUUUAAUGUCAUCUUAGGCAUCAGGAACUUGUACAACCCUGUAUCCUGAUGAUUACUAAACAUCCCCCUCUCCUUGUUCAUGUGUAGAUCAGCAGUACAGUUAAACUGUAUGGGUCAUCACAACAUUAAUGUAAACAGAAGUUUUAUGCAGAAUUUGCUACAGCAUGUCCAACUGACAUGUGUGUGAAUGUCAUGCAUCAUUUGUUUAAAUAGAAAAAGACUGUCUGUAAAGCCCAGAAGGUGAUUUGGGAUUUUUGUAAUUGCUCCAUCUAUUUAUUUAUACUUGUCAGAAAGUUGCAGGUUCAGCAUCAAACUUCAUUCCUUCCUCACCAUGUGCUGUCUCCUGGAGCAAGGUCCACUAGGACUUAAAGGCCCAUCUCUCUAAAAUGAGUCAUUGUAGCAUUCAGUCUGCUUUGAAGAAGUAGCUCUACUCUGAGGGCGUACCAUUACAGCUUGUCCUGUCACCACAAUUCUGACUGAAGCUCUUAUAUUUAGCACCUUUAAAGAUAGAUUGAAGAAUAUUAUCUGCUGGAAACUCUUGAGUUGAGUCAUUACAUUAGCAAACAGAAAAAAAGAACAGAACAACACUAUUUAAAAUGAGGUUUGAAAGUAUCCAACAGCAGCCACUUAGUAAAGUGUAUGAUACCAUGAAGUAAAGUUAGACUCUAUAUCAGAAGUACAUUUUAAGUCAUAGACAAACAAAAAUAAUUGAUUAAAUUUAUAUAUCUGGAUCCACUCCAAAAUGUACUGGGUUGUACCUUGGUUCAUGCCCCAUCCCCUCCACAAACAAAUGCUGAUGAAAACCGAAACUACUUGGUGGUGGUAAAAAGAUAAAGCAUCAUUUGGGCUAAUUAUAAAAGCAAAUGUAUGUUGCACAAUGUAGGAAUGUUGUUGUGUGUUUGAUAAGUGCACACACACACACAAACGCACACACAUACUUAUUUGAUACAAAAUACACCCACAAAUGUUGAAACAAAAACUCUGCUCUUGAGUGUCGGGGUAAUUUCUGCCAAGCUUACUGUUUGGCUUCCAUCCUUUGUUUUCACUGUUUGCAGCGUAACACGCAGCCAGCAGUUUCUCACUUAGAGGACUAUCAGUGACAAAUACAGACGAAGCAGAUAAUGAAAGAAGUUUGUGUCACUUUCCAUUGCAGAACAUUAUAUGUACAUGUAGCUUAUUUUCAGGAGCCAUUGACUGCUGAUGAACAUUUUCUUACCUCAACUAUCAUUUUUUUGUUUUUCAAAGUGACUUUAUGGUCUUAUUUAGUAUUGAGAGGAAUUUAUUUCCUGGAACAUGAUGUGUAUUUUUACGGCAUAUUUCUAUAACAUUGUCUUUUUUGCCAUCUUAUGGGUUGACUGGAGCCAAUUUCAUAACAUUUAUGUUUCCUUAUUCUAACAGGGAGAUUACUAAUGUUUCAAUCACAUUUGGUAAAUUACCAUUGCAGUUAAUCAGUGAAAAGUAUCUACAGAAGGAGAACACAGAAAUAUCAGCUUGCAAAUGUAAUGAAACUGGCUUCAGGUGAAUUGUAUGCUACAGUAAAUUUCUGGAUCUGAAAAAAACAUGCUACUGCUGAAUAUGUUUGGUUGUACUGUGUUCAUUCACAGGUUAACCAGUUGGUUGCUCUCUACAUUAUAAAUGAAAUUUUGUAAUGGAAACAACAAUAAUAAUUAAUAAUAUUUGCCCAAAACAACAGCAAUAUCAAAUCUCAAAGUGUAAAUGCAAUAUGUGCAUUUGAAAUGUAAAUUUGUGUGGACUUUGUGGACCUGAGCAAUAACACUUCAUUAAUGUGUCCGUGAUUUUCUGGAGCUUUGAUUAGUUAGUGUUAGUUAUGAGUCUGUGCUCAUUUCAUAAAGCCCCAAUUCAUUAAUUCCAUUUGUUUGUGGAACUGAAAAUCCUAAAACUAAUACAUAGUGGCGCCACUUAACAUGCAAAACAGAAACUUGUCAGUACAACAAUUCUUCAUGUAGGCCAAGGGGGUAAGCAUUUCAGUUUUAAAUGAAUAAUUAAUAUAUGUUUAGGUUUGAAAUUAUUUCUUUCCUGGACAUUCCUAUUUCCCUAUAUUUACUUUCCAGAAUACAGAGAACAAACUGAAGCACUGCUUCCAGAACUGAGAGACAAGUGAAUAUUUAACUACUAUUGGUCAAGUGGCUUCAAGCAAGACUUCAGUGUGUUGAUGUGGCUCUGUAUCUUCUGGGUGUUUGUUUACACUAGAGCCUAAGCAGUUAAAUGAGCUCACAGAAUAUCGUAGCUGUAUUUUUGCAAUUUUUUUUUGUCUGUCUGCCACCUAUAGGUCAGAAAAUCAGAAAGAUAUGUCACAUUUAGUGAACAGAGGAGUUAUGAAGAAGACAUAACACAUCUGCAGAAUUAAGUAUGAAGACCCAACUGUGUUUGAAUUUUGUAAUUGCACUGUUACUGUGAAGCUACAUUUUUAUAAGUGAGUGGAAAUUCUUUUACAUUUGCUGCAUGCCUAAAAACAGUGUUUUACACAAUCGGCUGUUCUCUCUUUUACUUUUAGCCUGACUCCGUCCCUUCCUCUUUCUGAUGGUUUGUAACCCUGAGACUUUUCAGACCAAGCAAUUUUAUGUAUUAUAGAAUUAUUUUUGCAAAUGUGAUAAGACUGUGAACUGUAAAAUAAAAACACCAGUGUUUUCUUUCAA